CGACUGCUUCGACGGAACCACCAUCUUUGUUGAAGAGGCUGCUUAAAGCUCCGUAUCACACGGUUACUGCUUCUUUACUCCAGAGCUCUGAAGCUAUUGUGAAAUUAUUCGCAGUCAUUUGUUGAGAAUUAGGAUCUCGGCUCUAUGGAUGCUAACCGUAACAACAAUAACAAAGGGAAGAAAGCUAAUAACAAUCCCAACAACCCGAACAUGGAGAGCGAGAGUAAAUAUCUGCCCGAGCUGCUGGCGGAGAAGGACAGCCUGGACGCGUCGUUCACUCACGCCAUGAAACUGCUCACCGCAGAGAUCGAAAGGAUUCAGAAAGGUGAGCCGAAAAAAGAUGGCGAGACUUACCUGGACCUUUUCACUGCCAAAAAUGUGCGGGUGAAAGAACGAGUGCUCAUUCCUGUCAAACAGUACCCUCGGUUCAACUUUGUGGGGAAGAUUCUUGGACCCCAGGGUAGCACCAUCAAAAGAUUGCAGGAGGAAACUGGAGCAAAGAUUUCAGUCCUGGGCAAGGGCUCCAUGAGGGACAAGAACAAGGAGGAAGAGCUGAGGAAGGGAGGGGAGCCCAAAUACGCUCACCUGUCUAUGGAGCUGCAUGUGUACAUUGAAGUAUUUGCACCCAUCCCUGAAUGCUACCUGCGUAUGGCUCAUGCUAUGGACGAGGUCAAGAAGUUCCUCGUGCCUGUGGACAACAUGGACGAGAUGCACCAGGAUCCCUUCAUGGACGUCGGGUAUCUGAAUGGUGCUCAGGAUGCACCCACUCGGGGUCGUGGUGGCCCUGGCCGGGGCCGUGGUGGCCCAUCAGUUCCCAUGCCCGGACCCAGGGGUCGCGGCAUGCUCCCACGUGGUGGUGCACCUCGCGGCGGUGCCCCCAGAGGAGGCCCAGGAAGAGGUGGAGCAUCUCGAGGCGCGCCCGUCGGCCGGGGAGGACAUCCUUCUGGCUCCUCUAACCGCGGGGGGGCUUCAGGACGGUCUCGACCCCCUGCUGCCUCUCAGAGGAUGGCACCUGCAUCUGCACUCUCUCAUCAGCAACAUCAGGCACCAGAGUCGUACGAAGAAUACUCCUAUGAGGAGACCUACACCGAAACUCCAUACGAUGCUUAUGAAAGCUAUUAUAACCAGGCAGCACCACAGGGAGAAACCGAGUACUAUGACUACGGCCAUGGUGAGGCUCAGGAGAGCUACGAAUCGUACGCUGAAGAUGAUUGGGAAGGUGCUGCGUGGGGUAGCGGCGGAGGGAAGGCUCCUUCUGCCCGCCAGAACAAAGGAAACUAUCGCGAACACCCAUACGGCAGAUUCUGAGAUGCAUCACUCACUCGGGUUGCCUGGGCAACCACCUUGAAUUGUAACUCCUUUUAACAGCUCAAAGUAAUUUUUAGAUUUUUUUUUUUAUGUUAAUCUCUUUUUAAUGUUAUUCUGGUAAAACCUUUGUAGUUACAUUAAGGAAUAUGCUUACUUCAGAGUUUUUCUUUAGUGUUUCAUCUUUGCAUUGUUGGCUUGUGCAGUAUGUUUGCUGAUUUUUUUUUUUUUUUUUUUUCCUUUGAAUAUGUAAUGAUUGUGAGGAAAAAAAACCGUAGAAGCCUGAAUUAUACUACAAAUAGCUUUUACGCAAAAACAAGUGUCGCUUUUGAGUAUUGUGAUCCCUUAAAAAAACUCAACAAAAGGCUUCAAAAUGAAAGAAGGAAAGUGUUUAAAAGCCGCUGUACAAACCCAACACUAAACACCAACCUUAAACUGACAGAUAUAGAGCUGUUUGACAAGUUUAACAGAAUCCAGAAAUUUAUUCUGAGGAAACAAAAUGUUCAAUUUCAAGCGCAGUAUUUUGUUCAAAAAGGGGGGAGGAGUCAAAUUCCAUUGGUUAAUUAAUUUUUUUUUUAUUAAUUUUUUGUAAUGGGGUUAAAAAUGUGGCCAGUCUAAAUUUAUGUAUAUAAGUUACCUCUGGUUAAUGUUUUUAUUUUGCUGUCUCUAGUUUUGCAUUUCAUAAAAUCACUUGUGUUCGUUGCCUAAAUAGGGAACUAAACGUGUCUUUCUGGAGUGUGUCAGUCAAUAAAGCGCAAUCUUGUUUUCCAGCUAACACAA